AUGAAAGUCGCCAUAGCCGGAGCCGGCGACCUUGGCCACUAUAUCAUCGAAGAACUCCUCGCCGCGAAGCACGAGGUUGUAGUCCUUUCCCGCACAUCGAAACCAUGGCUCGCGGAACUACCUGUCGAUUUUCGGUCUACAGACUAUAGCGUUGCCGACCUCACGGCGGCUCUUCACGACUGUGACGGCCUCGUCUCAGCUAUCCUCGAUUAUACUCAGAAAAGCGCAACCGUACACCUCGCCCUCCUCGAAGCCUGCCGUCGGUCGCCGAAAUGCAAACGCUACAUACCUUCCGAAUACGGCGGCAACAUCGACGAGUACCCACAGCAACCCACCUUUUACUAUCCCAACCAUGAGCCAGUACGUGCAGCCCUUCGGCAGCAGAAGGACGUCAUGUGGACACUCUUCAACCCGGGAUGGUUGACUGACUACUUGAUCCCUCCCGACUUACGAUAUAUCAAAGACAUCGGCCUCUUUCACCCUGUUGAUCUUCAGCAGGGUACUGUCACAAUACCAGGUGAUGGCGAGGACGGUAUUGCAUUCACUCCCUCGCGCGACGUAGCCAAGGCGCUAGCUCGGCUGUUCUCUUGCGAGGAGAAGUGGGAGGAGACCAUCUAUGUCUGCGGCGAGACGACCACUUGGAAUCAUAUCGCAGCGGUACUACAAUCGCGAUAUGGACGUCAGUUCACCGUCAGCUAUAAGUCGAGAGACGAGUUAGAGCAGCAAGUGGCCGCUGCGGAGUCGGAGGGAAGUGUGCUUGCUGCGCAGUUUGGCUUUUGGUCAAUCUCCGGGGCGAGUAAGUUGCCGCAAGCGAAGUUGGAACGGCAUAAGGAGAACUUCUUCCGUGAUGUCAAGUUCAGGACGGUAGAGGAGUUUCUUGACGAUGCUGAGAGGAUGGGAGACGCUAAGACUCCAGCGGUGUAG